AUCAAAGAUGGCUGCACCCAUGUGAUCCCGGCGCGGGUGUUGACCUCUCUUAUUCCUCCUUGUCACCUGCGCCUUGUGGUGGCAGGCUGGGCAGAAGAACCAUGCUGGGCCGGACCCUCCGAGAAGUUUCUACAGCACUGAAACAAGGCCACAUUACUCCAACAGAGCUCUGUCAAAAAUGUCUCUCCCUUAUCAAGAAGACUAAAUUUCUAAAUGCUUACAUUACUGUAUCAGAAGAGGUGGCCUUAAAGCAAGCUGAAGAAUCGGAGAAAAGAUACAAGAAAGGUCACUCACUUGGGGAUUUAGAUGGAAUUCCCGUUGCAGUAAAAGACAACUUUAGCACGUCCAGCAUUGAGACAACAUGUGCAUCAAACAUGCUGAAAGGUUAUGUACCACCUUAUAAUGCUACAGUUGUUCAGAAGUUGUUGGAUAAGGGAGCUGUCCUGAUGGGAAAAACAAAUUUAGAUGAGUUUGCAAUGGGAUCUGGAAGCACAGAUGGUGUAUUUGGACCAGUUAAAAACCCCUGGAGUUAUUCAAAACAAUAUAGAGAAAAGAGGAAGCAGGAGGCCCAUGGUGAGAAUGAGGAUUCAAAUUGGCUUAUAACUGGAGGAAGCUCAGGAGGGAGUGCGGCGGCGGUAGCGGCGUUCACAUGCUUUGCGGCUUUAGGAUCAGACACAGGAGGAUCGACCAGAAAUCCAGCUGCCCACUGUGGGGUUGUUGGUUUCAAACCAAGCUAUGGCUUAGUUUCUCGUCAUGGCCUCAUUCCGCUGGUGAAUUCAAUGGAUGUGCCAGGAAUCUUAACCAGAUGUGUGGAUGAUGCAGCAAUUGUGUUAGGUAUGUUGGCUGGGCAUGACCCCAAAGAUUCUACCACAAUACAGGAUCCUGUUAAACCAUUUACACUUCCCACUUUUGCAGAUGUGAACAAACUAUGUAUAGGAAUUCCAAAGGAAUAUCUUGCACCAGAAUUAUCGAGUGAAGUGCGAUCUUUUUGGUCCAAAGCUGCUAACCUCUUUGAGUCUGAGGGGGCCAAAGUAAUCGAAGUGUCCCUGCCUCACACGAGUUACUCAAUUGUCUGCUACCAUGUAUUGUGUACAUCAGAAGUGGCAUCAAAUAUGGCAAGAUUUGAUGGGCUAGAAUAUGGUCACAGGUGUGACAUCAACGUGUCUACUGAAGCCAUGUAUGCUGCAACCAGGCGGGAAGGAUUUAAUGAUGUGGUGAGAGGAAGAAUUCUCUCAGGAAAUUUUUUCUUAUUAAAAGAAAACUAUGAGAAUUAUUUCAUUAAGGCACAGAAAGUGAGACGACUCAUUGCUAAUGAUUUUGUGAAUGUUUUUAACUCCGGAGUGGAUGUCUUGCUGACUCCCACCACCUUGAGUGAGGCGGUACCAUACCUGGAGUUCAUUAAAGAAGACAACAGGACACGAAGCGCCCAGGAUGAUAUUUUUACACAGGCUGUAAAUAUGGCAGGAUUGCCAGCAGUGAGUGUCCCUGUAGCCCUCUCAAACCAAGGUUUGCCAAUAGGACUUCAGUUUAUUGGACGUGCAUUUUGUGACCAGCAGCUUCUUAAAAUUGCCAAGUGGUUUGAAAAACAAGUACAGUUUCCUGUUAUUCAACUUCAAGAACUAAUGGAUGAUUGUUCAUCAGACUUUGAAAUUGAAAAGUUGUCUUCUGUUUUUCUGAAACAGUAGUGAUAAAUAUAGCAUGCAAAUUAAAAUAACUUGAAGAUUUUAUAUUCAAGAGAAGUCGGAUGAUCUUGCUAAAGGCCUGUAAUUUGGUUCAUUGUCAACACAAUCAUUCCUCAGAAUCACUUUUUAAAAACUCCUGUGAUACAGUUAAUUAUAAGUCAUCUGUCAGCAUUUAUGAAGUAUCCACUAAGUAUAGA